GCUCAGUGAUCUCAAUAAAUCAGUCGCAUUGUACAGUUCGUUGUUCUCGUUCUGUUAGUAGUACAGAAGCUCGAGCUGAUGUGAGCACAUGAGAAGAUUGACACCUGUGCUCAGAAGGAAUGUUUUGAACUUAUUCACUUCCUCAAAUUCGGAUAUGCAUAUGUACCCUUUCACGAUGUUUCUGAACUGAAAGACUAAAAGACCAAAAGUUCGAGAAAUCCGCUGUAGCCUGAGUAUAAGUGGAGCCACACCCAAUAAUCCUUUACUUCGGGCAGGAACUCCAUAUAGAGGAAACCCAGGAAACUGCGCCAUAGAGUAUAGGUCGGUUCCAAUCGGAAUAGAUUUCUCACGGGCUUGCACCUGUGUUCAGGACCACAUCGACUUCUAUCGAUUUCAAUGUCACCUAAUCGUAAUGGACCAUUAAGCUUAGCACAAGCAGUGUCAUCUGCGAAGGCAUUCCAAGCAGAGGCUGGACCUUCAAGAGCAGGGGGAACAAAUCCCAAUAGCUUCAAAGCGCCUGCUCAUAAGCAUGCCCACCACCUUCAUUCGAUACCUCCUAGAGAGAAGAGUACACGGACUUUGAUCAUUGACCAUAUGUUAUGGGUUCAUGGACGAACGCGAUUUGCACAGGCUCGAGCAGAAUUAGGCAUGUCAGAUCGUACUGGUGGACCUACAUCUUCCAAUUAUGCUCACAGAAGGAGGCCGGAGAAUUAUGAAGAGGAAGAUGAGGCUGGGAGCGACGGAGAAGCGGUAUUGGCUUUGAAAGCUCGGCGGGAACCCCAAGAUGACGAAGAAGCUCGACUUCAUGCUCAAGACUUACAGCUCGCCCGUAGCCUUCGUUUGAGGGCUGAGGGCUUGGAGAAAGUCAUUAACUCAAUGCUUGUUCAACCUCCGCCCGUCCAUCUACAUUUCGAAGAUGAUUUUUUUGUAGAUCCUAACCAGCACAUUCUACCAAACGGUGUCCGUCUCAGGCUCGCUCUCGGAACUCUUGUCAACGAUUUUUUUGCGCGGCAGGCGCCUCCCCCUCCCUUUAGGCAUAAGAAAUUUGCUGCCGCUAGUAUUUCCGCCAGCUCACCUAUGACAACCAAUACUUCUGACUCUUCCACGAUCUCUGCCGGACUCCUCCCUCCUGCUCUGAAUCCACUGGUUACAAUCUCCGCCUACGGUGAACGGAAGGCUGCGAAGAGGGCUAGAAGGCAAUUGAAAAGGGAAUCUGCGUCUGCAUCUGCUCACACCUCUCAUCCGAGUCAACAUUCACAUACCAUGUCCAAUACUCAAUACCCUUCAUUGCUAUCCAAACUUUCCUCCCGUACCCGUUCGCUUUAUUUAGCCGGAACUGAUCCCGAGACUGCUAACUCGCCACCCGCAUUCAGAUGUCCACGACAUCUUCAUACGGGAUGCGAAAUUUGCGUUGAAGCCAAGGAGGAAUUCUCUGUCAAAGGCGCUGCGGGAAAAGGAAAAGGCAGAGAUAGAGCGGGGUCCACUAGUACUUUCGCCGCACCAUCUUGGCCUUCUACAUCUUCUUCGAUGGGUUUAGGUAUACCUUCAAACCAGAAGGUAACACCGGUUGGAAUUGCUCCCGACGGUGGAGGAGUGUCCGGCUAUCAGGACCCCUCAAUCGCGGGUGGCUGUAGUGUUGGUGUAGGCGAAGGUCUGCUGAAACCUUCAAUGAAUGGUAGUGUGCUACGUAGACGGACGGCUUCUCCGUACACUCGACGCUCCAGCCGUGGAGGUGGGGGAGAAUCCGAAGCUGAUUCUACCGGCUCGGGUUACACAAAGCUAAGCGAGCUCUUACCGAGAUUCCUCCGACUUUCUGCACUGGUAUCAACAGAGCUAGGUCGAGAAGUGAGAGAAGGAAGAGAAGGGAAGGAUUCCGACGAGUUGAGAAGCUCUACCAGCAGCGGAAGCACCGGCGGAGGUACAACAAAACAGGGUGUUGGUGGUACCUUCGCGACUCUUGCCCCUUCUCGUGAAUGGUAUCAUCUCUUGGCCGGUAUUUUGACCCGUGCAGCUUUACAAGGAUACCUUACCGCUGGCUGGAGGGGAGUGAAUGCCGUAGAGUGUCUCAUGGGUGUUGGGCUUGGUAUCGAUUUGCCUGGUGUUCGCAGCACGUUUGGAGCAGAAAUGAGAACCGGAGUUGGUGAAUCUGUUACAGAUCCCCCCAGGGAAGCUUCACCAUCUUCCUCUGCAGAGGAGGUGGAUGCAGACGGCAACUUUGAAGCCGAGACGGACAUAUUCGCCGAAGAUGAAGAUCUGUUCAAGGAGUUUGAUCCAGACGAAUUGCCAAGCCUACAGCAAGCUGUCGCCAUUCUGUUUCCUUCUCUUGGGCUUAUAGGAAAUGCCGAAAGUGAAGAUAGAUGGUCAGAUGGAGACUUCCGCAACCACGGUGAAUUGACUAAAACUUACACAACGCGACGAACGAGGCAGCCUAAUGCCGCUGAAAUCGAGUUCGCCACCGGAAUGAAUGAAAGAAUGAGAAGUUUUCUCGAAAUACCAGACUCAACACCUGACCUUUCAACACAUAUGGAGGACCUUGCUUGGACAUAUCCUGCAGAACCGGUAGAACGGGCAGCCGUCAGAUUUUGCGAAGCUGUCGCUGGUUGGCGAGGAAAGCCAGAAUUAGAAGGGUACAAAAAGAAGCCCCCUCGAACAUGGCCCUCGACACCUUCCGCGUCUUCGAACAAUCAAACUGGAACUUCUAACAUGGCAUCGACUUCUCUAACGAUGGAUUCUCUUGUUCAUUCCAAUCCUACGACACCAACCUUGUCACAUCCUAUACCACCGCGAUCGACAAGUCAAGACCACCCGCAAUCUACGAGCUCAAAGAAGCCGUCUAUUGAUCUGUAUUUCAUUCAUCCAUCUGUAAAUCCCUCGUUCAGCUUUGGCACUGGGAGUGCAGAUAACGCUGUGAACACAGUCUCCCGCGAAAAUUACAAUAACGUUUACAACCAUGUAACAAAUUUGACUUCUGCUCAAUCUCUUCCCCGAUCGGACACUAGGCAGAACCCACGAGAACAGUCAUUCUCCGCUCCCAUUUCUACACCGAUAUACUCUACGUCCUUACCAACCUCUCAUCCUCAGUCGCGAUCGAAUUCGUUUCCCCAAUCAUACGUCGGUUCUUCCACCCAAUAUCAAGGGCGUCCUUCCGUUACUCCUAGAUCCACAUCGAAUCCUAUCCCUACACACGUCCCAACCCAUCAUAACAUCCUGCCCGCAUCCUCACCUCAAUAUCCUUACUACUCCCAAAAUAUGAUAUCCUCCCAGACAAUGAGUCCAUCUUCUGCCGGCACGGCACAACAACAGCAAAUUCCUGUUUGGAAUGCGGCCACGGGUGCUUGGAUGCCGACAGCAACCUCUCAGGACAUGAAUCAGGCUUCCUCUACGGAGGUUGCCUCUGGUAAGCGGACGCGUUCUCCCGAGCGUGGUCAAGGUGCUGGCCCGAACGCUAAGAGACCCAAAUGAAACAUGCUCAUCCGAUCUGUUCCGCAUCGCGAACUCGACAGUUUUCGUUGUGACCUGUCGUCAGAGUUCCUUAACUUUAUUCAAUGAUAUUUGCAUGACAUUAGUCUGUAUUUUUAGCAGUUGAUUUCGACUCUGUACUUAUUGGUUCUCUCCCAUUUUGUGUCUUCCCUCUGGCGUUCAGCUCUGCCUUUCUGCCGACCUUGUAGGAUAUCCUGUUUGUUGUGUUCUUCAUCAGUACUUACCAUCAGUACCUACUUUUGAUCCCUGUACGAAAUUGUAAUUGUACGAUCGUGCCAGAGAACUUUGUUGAUCGUCGAUAUAUGUAUUAUCAUCAGGCCACCAACUCUACGCAAGACUUUACAGAGUUUUCCUGCUAGCCAUACUAUUGGCCAAGGAAGCUCAUACAUUUCCUGGGAAAUAAAGGAUACUUUGG